UUGUCAAGGAAGGCGAUUCGAAUGCAGAAUUAGAAAACAUUUACAUAAAACGUAAAAUAAAAAUACAAACACCUAAAACAAGCACUUAUUGGCCUUUACUAUUCUUAAAUUGUUUCAAAGUUCAGUUCUUUUGUUAUUAUUUUUCAAUUGUUAAGUUAAUAGUUCAGAAAUUGGGGGUGACACAGCCCCCUAAACCACUGUACAUCCUGCAUCCUUGGAGCUGGCAAAUUCUAUCUAUGCUUAUAUCUUAUACUUGCAUUCUCUAGUUAUUAAGGCUCAACUAUUAUUUAAAAAAUAUCCUACAUGAACUGUGAGAAACAAAAAUAUUGGGAAAACAAGAUGAAAUGUGUUAUUUUAAUGAUGAGCUUAAGACUAAAUUAUAAAUAUGGAAUUCACAAUUGAAGCUGUAAUCACAAACAGACAAAUAUAUUAAAUCUAAUUUAAUGCGUGUGGCCGGUUCAAGGUCAUGGCCAGCUAUUGGUCAGUUCACAAAGAGAUACAUAAGACAUUUUGUCUGUUUGGAUCAGAGACCACUCAGUAUAAAAAGGAGAGAGAAAGAGAGGAGAGAAUAAGAUUGAAGGAGAGGACCACAUUUCUGCCUUCUCUCUCCCCCUCCUCCUCCGCCCUCCUCUUUUCCCCUCCCUCUCUGGCUUUGUGUGUCUGCCUUUCAGUCUUGCUCUUCAGUCAGCUCAGCUUCUCCCAGCCCGGUCAUAUCUCCACUGGACUUUACAGCAAAGUGGGCGAUGUUUCGGUGGUCCUGUGUCCAGUCUGGGAUUUAAUAACUCUGAAGGUUUUUCAUGUUACCUACAGAAAUCUCAGGAGGCUUGUGUUUCACCGUGAGCCAGCGCUCAGAGAGAGGCAGGAACGGUAUGAAAACAGAGGAAAACCAGUCAUGUCUUCAACAGGCUCCAUCCACCACACCUUUCGAGCAUGUGGGCGGAGGUGAGGUGUGCGCAGGCUGCGAGUCACCCAUCGCUGACCGAUUCCUCUUGCGUGUAAAUGACCAGUCCUGGCAUGAGACCUGUGUGAAGUGCGCCGUGUGCCUGAGCACACUCAGCGGGACGUGCUACUGCCGAGACCGCCUGCUCUACUGCAAGCAUGACUAUGAGAAGCUGUUCGUGCGGAAGUGCAGUGCAUGCCUGCAGGUGAUUGGACGCUCGGAGCUGAUCAUGCGUGUGCUGGGUCAGGUGUACCACCUGGGCUGCUUCAGUUGCUGUGAAUGUGAGCGCAGGCUGCAGAGGGGCGAUGAGUUUGUGCUGAAGGAAGGCCAGCUGCUUUGCCGGGGGGACUAUGAGAAGGAGAGGGAGAUGCUGGCUGCCAUCAGUCCUGCCCCCACCGAAUCAGUGAAGAGUGAGGAUGAGGAAGGUGGCAGUGGCUCUGUUGGAGGAAAGGCUGGCGAUGAUAGUAAAGAACAUAAGAGAUCGAAGCGACCACGCACUAUCCUAACCACACAGCAACGCCGCGCCUUUAAGGCAUCCUUUGAGGUGUCCUCCAAACCCUGCCGAAAGGUGAGAGAGACUCUGGCAGCUGAGACUGGAUUAACAGUACGCGUCGUGCAGGUCUGGUUCCAAAACCAGAGAGCAAAGAUGAAGAAGAUUGCUCGAAGGCAGCAACAGCAGCAACAGCAGCAGGAGCAGGAGCAGAUCGGAGGCAGCAGGCGGGGUCCGAGCAGAGGGGGCCGACAGAGUAACGAUGACAGUGAGGGUAAGACAUGGGAUGGUUCCAGCAGUCAUGGAUUAGAUGGCAUGCUCUCCUAUUCCUCUAUGUCACGGCAGCAGCUCUUGGCUCUAGACCCAAACAUAUACGGGGCUGAGCAGUUCCGGCAUGGCCUAACACCCCCUCAGCUAGGCCCUGAGCAGAUGCACCCCUAUGACUCAGAAACAGUGUUCCAUGACUUAGACAGCGAUGGAAGCCUCAGUCACCUUGGUGACUGUCUCUUGGCAACGGCUGAGGGAGGGGUUGUGGCGGGACGUGUGGGAAAUCCAAUUGACCGCCUCUAUUCAAUGCAAAACUCCUACUUCACCUCGUGACCCCUCUUCACCUUUGACCCCAGACUAAGCCACCACCACCAUGGAGAGAGGCAGCAUCCAGACAAAGUCCUGCUGGAAACCUAACCUUCACCCCAUCAAGCCUGAAGGAUCCCACAUAACACAAUCACACUUGAGCUGUGCCAGUCAUGAUCUAGAAGGAGUCAAAGCAAACAAAAAAGUCCACUAUCUAGGGGUUGACAAGGAACAGGCCUGAGGAAUCUGGAGGAAUAAUAUUCUCAUGGCUAACCAAUAUUGAUGUAGUGCAACAUGAAGACACAUGUACAUACUUUUUGUAACAGUCAUAGGCACGCUAUAACUAUAGACAGCUUAUCACAAAGGUAUUACCUCAUAAUUUCUCCAUGUUGCUGACAAAACAGCUUAAAAGUGAACACGUCAAAUUCAUACAACGCUCAGAGAUGGCAAAAAUUCACUUGCAAAUCUAUCAUUUACAAAGAAUUGACUCUUGUUAUAAAUAUAAACUGGUUACACUUUAAUGUAGGUUAGUGACAACUUACAUAAAUAUAUAUAUGUAUAAAGGCAUAUUCCAACAGGCAUCAUCUGCUUUUGACAUUUUUGGUGAAUUGAC